CCUGGGAAGAAGACGGCGCCAUGUUGGCGUUAAAGCGGAACGCGGUGAUCGGCCUCAACCUGUACUGCGGGGGCGGCCCGACGCUGCCCCCCUCCCCGCCGGGCUCCCCGAGCGGCGCGGGGACCCCCCCCGCCCCCGGCGCGCGGGACCCCGGCCCUCCGGCGACGCUGAUUGGCGGAGCCUCUUGGGGUGCCAACGGUCAUUCUGAGGGGGCCCGGGCGCUGAUUGGCUCCCCCGCCACCCCCCCUGCGCGGGGGGCCGGGGGGCCCCGGCCGGCCCCGCUGUGGCGGCCGGAAGAGGAACUGGACGGCUGCGACCCCGACGCCGAGAGGACGGGCCCGCCGGCGGCCGCCGCCCACGCCGACGGCUCCUUGCCCAGCACCCCGCCCGCGGAGGACGACGACGAGCUGGACGGGCUGUUCCAGGACUCGCUGGAGCUCAUCAGCCGCUACCUGCGGGAGGCCGCGGAGCUGGGCGCGCCCGGCGGCAAGACGCUCUUCAAGCGGCUGCUGAGCGGGCCGCGGGGGGCGGGCCCCGCCGCCCUGGAGAAGGCGCUGGAGACGCUGCGGAGGGUCGGCGACGGCGUCAUGGAGAAGCACCAGAUCGCCUUCCAAGGGAUGCUUCGGAAGCUAGACAUCAAGAAUGAGGAGGAUCUGAAGUCAGUGACUGCCGUUGCAACCCAUGUUUUCAGUGAUGGAGUAACAAACUGGGGUAGAAUUGUGACACUCAUCUCUUUUGGUGCCUUUGUUGCAAAACACCUGAAGAGCAUAAACCAGGAGAAUUGCAUCAACACACUAGCAGGGAUCAUCACAGAUGUGCUUGUCACAGGCAAACGAGAUUGGCUAGUUAACCAAAGAGGCUGGGAGGGAUUUGUUGAAUUCUUCCGUGUAGAGGAUCUAGAAGGUAGCAUCAGGAAUGUUCUGGUGGCUUUUGCAGGCUUUGCUGGACUGGGAGCAAGCUUGGCCUACAUGAUGCGAUGAGCCAUGGAGUGAUAUAAAUGACCUAAAUGCCAGGUGGACUAGCUCUCCUUUGCAUCUGGAGUUAGUGAACUGCACACUUCCUGCUGUGAAAAUACCUAGUACACUGUACUUCACAGGAACAUAGAGAAUAACAUCUGGGAAUCUCCUUGAGUGACUUCCCUCCCCAGAAAGGGAUAGCGUGGUGCAGUCUGACUGAGAGUACCAACAAGAGGAUUUUUUUGCUAAUGAGAACAGAAAAUGAAGCAAGUAAUACUACUUCCUUGAAGAGCCCUGUGAAAGGAUGCUAAGUACUGUUUUCAAGUGCAGUCUUGUCACUAAGGGGAACAGCUCCUAUUCUGCAAGUCAACAAAAGCACCAGCGGCUCUUACUCCGGACUACCUAGAGGCUUUUAUUAGUUUUGGUAUGAUGGCUGUAUGUGGAAUGAGUUUCAUUUCCUUAGCUCUGAGUUGUGAUCAUAGCUCAUUGGAAAUGUGGACUAGGGUCCUGUGGACCCACUAAGUCUCUUAAGUUUGUGGCUUGUGUCUUGAGUUAGAAGUGCAAAAAGGUUUAUUCUGGCUAUAACCAGAUGUACCAGCUAUGAGUGGGACUUUUGCUGAAAUAUGCCUACAUUCCAUCAGCAGUAAAAAGGGGUACAGUCCUCUUGAAAGCUGAGAAGCCUGACCUUACUGUAGCUAGUCAACUUUAACAGGCUACCAGUAGAGCUCCUUAGACCAUUAUUUGCCCCCUCUGUUAUGACUCCCAAAGAACACAUGCAGCUAUAAAGAGAGGGAGUGCAGUUGUAAGUAUGUAAAAACUUCCCAGGGGGUAGGGAGGCUGUACAGAGAACUUUGUAAAUGUCUAUAAAACUGUAAAAUAUGUACAUUUUUACAGAGAUGAUCUCUUGAGAAAGAUGGCUUGAGUGAGUCCAGAUCACUUUAUUGAAAUACUAUACUUCAGCCCAUUGCACACAGCAUUUUAUUUUUUUGCUUCUCUUUUUACUCGAUUUCCACAAAGUGUCUCUUCCUCAUGUACUCUAGUAAAACUGCUAGGCUUCUUUGGCAAAGAUCAGCCAUGUGACUGUGUUCCCCAGGACGUGCUGGCAACAGCACAAGUUUUUUUAUUAGUUUGUUUUAAUCUUUGGGUUAUUCCUGACUCUUUAAUGGAUGGGUGAGUGUUGGCUAUUUCCUAGUCACGUUUUAUUUUGACCUAUUUUUUUAGUCUUGAUUCAAAACUAAGCUAAUUUUGAAUGUAAGCAUUUUCUCAAACUAAAUAAAACUGCUACAUUGGAUUGAAUCUGCAGUUAGCACCGUGAAUCCUUAAUUUGACAUACUCAAUUCAAUCCUUCAGUAGCUAGUUCUAAGCAUUCACUCUGGACAGGCUUGCAGGGAGUAAUCUGGUAUUAGUUCAAAAAAAUUGAGCCAGUUGAUUCCCUCUCUGUAUGCACAAUAGUUUCACAUUAAAUUUUUGGUUUUCAGCAAAAUUAGAUAUAUUAGUCUUCACUGUAUAAAAUCUUGUUCAGACUGAAUUAGGGUUGAAGUGGAAGCUAAUGUAAAACAAAGCCUAGACUUUAAACAUGGUGCUAGUGUCAGGCUUGCUUGUUUACAUAAUAAAUGAGCAUCCUACUCUUGUCAAUAAAGUGGUUUUUGUUCACUUCUGCACAAUUAAAUCUUGCUGCUGUUCCUCUGCCUCGAAGCUAAGGCAGUAGCACCCCAUAACAGUAUUUUGUGGCCAAGUGUAUGCUAUGACUGUAGUGAACUUCUUUCUCCCUAAUGUGCAUGUAAUUUCCAGCCUAUUGCUACAGUGGUAGCAGAAGUCUUCAGUUAUAGUAUGAAUGAAUAUACUGUACAUGCCCAAAGUGUUCUAUGGGCCUGGGGUAGCCCAUAGCCCAUGCACAGGGCUUGUAGCUACCUAUUACCGUAGUGCAAUUUCUACUUGCAGCCAGCUGUUGCAUCAAGUCACACAGAUGACAGAGCAUUAUAGCUUUUCUAGUACUCCCUGUAAGCAGCUGCUCUAGCUGUCUUAGCAAUAGUUUCCAACUGUGAAUGAGGAGGUGUCAAGACAAAUCCCUAACAUCCUGUCCAUAGUACAGAAGUUGUGAGAACCCUUGCUCAUGUUGAUCCAGGAUUGUGUGUUAGUAAGGAAACACUCACAUUCAUCUCCAGCACUUUAAAUCUCAACGAGUUCAGCAGAUCACAACUAUCUUUAAAAGGAGAAGGGGGAAAUCUUUCUUCACUGAGCAGCUCAAUUUACCUCUUCAACAGUCGCAUACAAGAGUUCAGCUAAACAUCACUGGGGGCUACAUAGAAAGUGCUAACAGCUGCACUCAGAGGCUCAACCACAAAGGGAGAGGCUAAUUCAACAGUUGCAGUAACAUUUCACAAAUAGCCUUUAAUCUUGAGAGUUUUUGUUUAAGCUUGGAUGGGGUUAGUCUCUUUAGCCCUGCCCUGACAUUCAGGCAGGGACCAGACAAUGUGUACAACUGAAAUACUUGUUCCUUUUCUUCCCCCUCUGCCCAGCCCCCAGAAGUGCAAUAGCCUUCACCAAACGGGCAUAGCUUUUCAAGGGUGUAUUAGAUUCCAACUAUUCUGCAAUUAUGCCUGCCUGCUUUUCUGUAGACUGUUCCCUCCUAAAAUAAAUCAUGCAAAUAUA